AUGGACCGUCGCAAACGGAGAACGGGUGAUGCCGUACGGAAUCCACACAGCCGGGCCAUUGACAGGCAGGAUGGCUUUUCGCAGAGUAACAGUGCUACUGCCGCUGAGAAUGAGAAUACACCAUUCGAGUUUGAGACCCUAGUAUCUGAGAUGGUCACACCCGAGUCACGGAGUGAUGAUACACAUCCCCCUGAAACCUCUUUGCGUGAGCGGUUAUCUUUAGCACCGGAACAGUCAACAAAAGUUGAUGUGGGCGAGACUUCCGCUAUGUCAUUCUUACAUUUCCUCCGGAAAACUAUAAAGGCCUAUGUGGGUUCGGUGCCUUUUACGGAUGCUGAGCGACACCACAUUAUAAUUGAUACAGAUUUUUGUUCUACAACCGAGGACGAUCAGAAUAUCGAGCCCAAAAGAAUUCACUCAUACAUAGAAUAUUAUUAUGAGGCAACAAGCGGAAUUCUGGAUCUUUUCACAGCCCAGGAGGUCGAGACCUUACUUGAAGCACACACCUCUUCGCGGCAGCCCACAUCGAUUGCAGCUGUGAGGCGGGAGGAUGUCGCAGCCAUAGGCGUCGCUCUAUCUAUUGGUGCCCAGAUUAGAGGAUCAGAUAGAGACUCCCAGGUAGCGAACGAGUACUUCCGCCGUGCACGCCAGGCAGCGUUCAACGACAUGCUGAUGGGCCAGAACAUCGGGACUGUACGGCUUUUUUUGCUAAUGGCAUUUUACAUGCUGGGGGCUUGCAAUCGAAAUGCCGCUUCAAUGUUUCUUGGGGUAGCUGCGCGAGCAGCCAUAAUCCUAGAGCUUCAUAGCAUUGAGGGUUACGAUAGUACGCUCUCCAAAGAAGACUGUGAAAGUAGACGAAGAAUCUGGCACAGCAUGCGUAAUCUUGAUAUUCUCAGCAGCUUUGUUUUGUCCAGGCCAAGAAGCCUCCCCCUAGUGCAGAGUAUGUCGGAUACCAAUGAGUUGAAUCCUCAGUCAGCAUUCUAUGCCAUUGGCAACGGAUGCACUUUACUCAUUAAUAUCGUCGACACACUCAGCAAUGGCGGGCUUCUCGACGUCCCCACAGCCGAGGGCCUGCUUUCGCAACUCCGGAAAUGGAGUUCUAGCCUGCCCGCCUCUCUCCGCCAGUUCCGGAGUGUUUCCCAGGGCCCACCAUUCCUGGAACCUGCAGCUCGGCAGCGACUUGUUGGAAGCGUUCACGUUUCCUGCCUAUACUACUUUGCGGUAAUCCUCGUAACCCGGCCGUAUCUGAUCGCGUAUCUCGUAUCUCGUCUUCGUGGGAAAGCACCAGACCAUUUGAUCAGUGACCCGGAUGAGGCCUCUGAUGUCGCUAUUAAGAACAAUAAAGUAUCCAAACUGGCCCAGGUGUGCGUAAGUUCUUCCUUAUACAUGAUAGAUAUGUGUCGACGGGCAAAGUCGGCGGGGCUCGUUUUUCGAAACUUUUGUCUCCUCAAAGCUUGGAUUUUUGGCGCCGGCCUUAUCCUAGGCUUCUCUAUGUUUGCUGGAGAACCUCGCCGUGACAUUGAGAGUCUCUUCAACAGCACCUUACAUCUCCUCGAUGAUAUUGGCCGAACUAGCCCACAGGCCCGGCUUUACCAUCAAAUCCUGACCAGUCUUAAUGAUGCAGUGACAAAGUUCCGCAACCGCGUCGCGGGAGAGGUUUACCGCACGGUACAGGACUACAUGGACCAAAUCCUCAUGAUAGAUCCUACCGUUGACGGAGGUUCGACUGCGCAUGCUAGGGAUAGAGAGGAUUCGUACACUGUCUGGAACGAUGAUUGGUUGGCUGGUGCAAUCCGGAGUGCUGAGACAGGCGAGGUUGCAUUAGAUCCAGUUUUGAACGGGACACAUGGUGCGCAGAUGUUUCAUGAUCUUGGUGAUUGGGGUGAUAUAGAUGGUAUGGAACUCGAGGAGGAUCUGUUAAUGGAUAUCGAUCCAUUCGAUCAGUUCUUUUUUACGGUCGAAUGA